CGGUCGCGCAUUCCUCAUGGGAUUCUAGUCUUCCCGGGGAGAAGAAGAAGAAGAACGCUGUUGCUAUGCGACGAUAAAUAAUCACUAUUUCAACGGUUUCUGUUCUGCUUUUGCUCGUAUUCAUCAUCCCAGCUAACUGGACAUCAUUGUGUUGUUGAUAUUAGAGCCAUGCCUCUUCCUGACACAGUGUACAGUGCCCACCAAAUCAGCAUCCCUCCCGGGCUGCUAGAAAUCCUUAAAAACUUCACAAAGGCAGCCAUCCGAACCCAGCCGGAGGAUUUGUUGCAGUGGUCUGCAGCAUACUUCAGUGCACUGUCUAAUGAAGGGCGUCUGCCUGUCAAGGACAGGCUGGAGAUGAAUGUCGCCGCCCAGAAGAAAGACCAUGGGCUGACUCCAGGCCUUCUGAAGAUCCUCCACAAACUGCUGUCCCCCAAGAAAACAUGCAGCAAGGAGGAGCUACAGAGAAACUGGACGGAUCUGUGUCUACCCAUGGCUCAGCUGGAGACCCUGCUGUUACUGGGCAGCUUUGGCUCAGAUAUCGACUGGAUGGAGUUUUUUGCCCUGGGCUGCAGCGUUCUUGGAGGGAACCUUAUGAGCUCUCUUAAGCAUGCCUGUGAGAUCCUGACAGAAGAUGAGGAGGGAGGCGCCGCAAGGAUCCCCUUCGACACCUUUGUCAGACUCUACACGUACCUGGCUCACCUGGACGGGGACGUGCCACAGGACCAGAUUGAUAGCUUCCUCGGGAGUCUGAGACCACAAGUGGAGCAACAACACGGGAUGAUAAAACCACUGGACUUUAUCUACUGGGACAAUGUGGAUUCAGCUCCGUGAGAAAUGAUAAGCACUGAAGCUGCAGGUUUAAUUGUGGCGGUGGAGUCAAAUCCUGAAAGUUCGGUUUGCACACAGCUGCGCCUAAAAUAAGGAAAUCAUCUGGAAAUACCCUCUACAUUGUAAAUGCUAAAAACAGAAAAGAACUAUGAUACACUGUCAAUGAUAUCAGCCUUACUUUGGGUUACACACUCACCACCAUCUUUAAGCUAGGAUUGACAGGCACCUGCCAAUCAAGCAAACACCCCCAAAGCAUUUUCUCUUUGAGCCUCAUUAUCUUCUUAAUGGAACAGUGAUCUUAAAAUCCCCACUGUGACACAUAUCAGCAGGUGUGAAUUUAAUUACUGAGACCUGAACUUGUUGAAAAAAAAUUAUAUGCAGUAAUUACUUUUUGCAUUUUAAGAGAGGACCUUGGACCAUUUAAAACAACUUUAAAAGUCCCUUGUACAGUGGCGUUACCUACAUCACUGUGCACAACAGUCAUUAGCUGCUCUGCAAGAAGGCCGGGAGUUUCACGGUCACCUGAAGUACACCCUUUUUCAAAUCUAAGGUUUCAGAACAUAAUACCACCUCAGAUGAACAACGUACGACAUAUCACAGCGUUGCUAUUUAUUUAACAAAAAUGAAGUCAAAACGUAGAAGCAGUGUGUGGAAAAACUAAAAGCAGCCUAUUAUUAGCUUGUAGUAUCAAAUUAACAGCAAUAAUUUGAAGUAAUGGUUUUCUGUGUGGCCUUAUCAGUCUCUCACAUCACUGAAGAAAGUUUGGGUUUGUCUUCUUUACAGCAUUGCUUUAGUUCAUUGUGGUUUGCAAGCAUUCGUUUCUGCACAGCUCUCUUAAGGUCCUGGCACAGCAUUUCAGUCAGGUUGAGGUCUGGACUUUGGGUCUUUGCAACACCUUGAUUCUUCUCUUUUUCAGCCAUUCUGUUGUAGAUGUGCUGCUGUGCUUGGGAUCAUUGACCUUUGGCACGACCCAGUCUCAGCCAAGCUUUCGCUGUUGGACAGACGGCCUCACAUUGGACUCUAGAAUACUUUGGUAUACAGAGGAGUUCAUGGGCAACUCAGUGACUGAAAGGUGCUCAGGUCCUGUGGCCGCAAAACAAGCCCAAAUCAUCACCCCUGCACCGCUGUGCUUUACAGUUGGUAUGAGGUAUUUGUGCUGAUAUCUUUGGUUUUUGAAACUAAAAGUCUGAGAUGUAGCUUUGUUGUUGUUGGGUUUUUGUUUGGUUUUUUUUAACGUUGGGUGAAUUUGCUGGGACGUCCACUCCUGAAAAGGUUAGCGGCCAUCUUUAUGCUUUCCAUUUGUGAAUAAUCUUUCUCACUGCAGACUGAUGGACUUCAUAUCAUUUGGCGAUGGCCUUACAGCCCUUCACCGAUUGAUGGGCAGCUUCUCUAAGCUCUUUGCUGAUGUCUUUCCUCCUUGGCGUUGUGUUAAUACACACCUGAAGGUUCCAGACCAGCAAACUGCUAAAAUGCUUUUUUAGAGGUGCUCACACUUCCCAGUGAUCAGUUAAUCAAGUGCAUUUGAUUAGCAGCACCUGGCUGCUGCUUAUGAUCUGCACAGAGAUUGCUGUGGAUGGAUGUACUUAGUUAUUUUGCACACUGUUUUUGCAUUUGAAGACAUGGUGUAUUAUGUCAUGUGUUGUUCUUCAGCUCAGGUUGUAAUUACCUAAUUUUAAGACCUGUUAAGGACCAGAUUUUUUUUUUAAUGUCAUGACCUGAAAGAGGGUGCACUUUCUUUAUUUGUGCUGCUCUAAGCGGUCACAUUUACCUGUUUUGUGAAACACAAACACAUUGCUUGCUUGUGUAGAUUGUUUAAGCCUGUGUAAUAUUUUUGCAUCUAUUUACUAGACUGAUUUUGUCUUUGGUCUGAUG